CUCAUUUCUGGCUCACAUGCUGCCUUCCCAUUUUGGACCCUCUGGCUUUCUCUGACUUCCAUUUGCAUCUUUGCGUUGUUUCUCUCUCUGGGUUCAACAAAGUUUUUAUUUUUAUUUAUUUAUUUAUUUAAAAAAAGAAAGUAAAAGAAGAAGAAGAAGAAGAAGAAGAGAGAUGAUAUCUAUCCUAUUUUUGCUUUAUGACAUCUACCCACAUUCUUUUUUUUUUAUCUUCCUUAUGUAACUCUGAAGAGAGAGGUGGAUACUUCUUUAUUUCUCUUAAAAAUUCCUUUUUUUAUUUGUUGGGUAUGAGCCUCUUCUCCUUUUGAUAUUCCUUUUGAAUAUAAACAGUCGGUUUUCCUUUUACUUGGAUGGUGGGGUUUUGUUUGCUUUCUCGUAUUCUUUUCUUGAUUCUGUGUCUUUUCUAAUCCCAUUUCUUUUCUAUCAGAUUCCCUAUUCUCUAAUUUGUUGGUGUUAAAUAGUUGGUUUUUUAAUAAUAGAAUUUUGGUAUCACUCUCCCACAUGCAUGUUCUUGGGUUUGUCUGAUCUGGAUUGGAUCACAAGGGUGUUUUGUUCUUUUUCUAGUUGCAGAGGAAAGAUAGAGAGAGAAGGAAAGAAAAGAGGUUUUGUGGUGGGGUUGAGUGCCUGAGCCUCUUUUGGUGCAAUCUUGGUUUCUCUGGGGCGGGGGGUCACAGAAGAAGCAAAAAGAAGAAAGGAGAAGAAGGUGAGAUUUCUUGACCUCCUGGAUCCUUUGCCUAGGUCCCACCCAAGAUACUUUCCUUGUGCUUCCAGAUAUUGGUGUCAACCGUCUCUUUUUGCUGUUGUCUUAUGCCAUCUGGUUGUAAUUUGAAUUGGGUUUUGUUUCACUACUGGGAAAGAUAUCAAGAAAUUUCUCACAGUUUGUGACCGGCUGUGAACUUUGCCUGUUACAUUUGUAGGAUAUACUGCUCAUAAAUAAAAUAUAGAUUUAUGGGUUUUGAUUAUACAACAUGGUGUUUGUGAAUUCUAAUCUGGAAUAGUCAGCAUCCAUCAUAUCCAAAUCUUGUUUGGUGGUACUGGAUGAUUGAGCUGGGUCUUGGUUGUGUACGUUAGACUGGGUUGGUAUUAUAUUCUCCUGAGACAUGGCUGGCAUUGAUGCUUCGAGGUAUGCUCAUAGCCCUGUGCACAAGGCCAUUAUCAUGAGGGAUUAUGCCAGUCUCAGGAGGAUUCUUGCGGGUCUUCCGCGGCUUAGUAACCCCGCUGAGAUUCGCACUGAAGCGGCAUCACUAGCCGAGGAAGAGAAGGGUGAUGCCAUUUCUGCAGCGAUUGAUCGUCGUGAUGUCCCAAAUCGUGACACCCCUCUUCACUUGGCUGUAAAACUUGGUGACCAGACAGCCACUGAAAUGCUUAUGGUUGCUGGGGCAGAUUGGAGCUUGCAGAACGAACAGGGGUGGAGUGCUCUUCAGGAAGCUAUUUGCAAUAGAGAAGAAGCGAUUGCAAUGAUUAUAGUUAGGCACUAUCAGCCGCUGGCCUGGGCCAAAUGGUGUAGAAGGUUGCCUCGCUUGGUCGGGACCAUGCGGAGGAUGAGGGAUUUUUACAUGGAAAUUACAUUCCAUUUUGAUAGUUCUGUAAUUCCUUUCAUUUCUAGGAUUGCCCCUUCAGAUACUUAUAAGAUUUGGAAGAGGGGUGCAAAUUUGAGAGCAGAUAUGACUUUGGCAGGUUUUGAUGGAUUUAGGAUCCAACGAGCUGAUCAGAGUGUUAUUUUUCUCGGUGAUGGAUCAGAGGAUGGCAAGGUCCCUCCUGGGUCGCUCUGCAUGGUCUCACACAAAGAAAAGGAGGUGAUGAAUGCUUUGGAUGGUGCUGGUUCUCAGGCAACUGAAGAAGAGAUUCGACAAGAAGUGGUUGCGAUGUCUCAGACUAACAUAUUUAGGCCCGGGAUUGAUGUGACUCAGGCAGUUCUCUUGCCUCAGUUGACUUGGAGGCGGCAAGAGAAAACAGAAAUGGUUGGCUCAUGGAAGGCAAAGGUGUACGAUAUGCAUAAUGUAGUUGUGAGCAUAAAGUCUAGGAGGGUCCCAGGGGCUAUGACAGAUGACGAAUUCUUCUCGUCUUGCAAUGAAAAUGAAACAGAAAGUGAGACACUUGAUGAGAUUUUAACAGAGGAAGAAAGGAAGCAACUUGAAGUUGCACUUAAGCUGGAUUCAACAGAAAUGACUGGUGAGAAUGGUGAAGGGGUUAUUGGUCAUCGUCAUAGCUGCUAUGAGCAUAGGGAGAUUCCUAUUGAAGAUUCCAAUGGUUACAGAAAUGGUGAGACUAAGCAAGAAAAGAAAGGAUGGUUUGGUGGAUGGAGGAAAAGGGAUAAUAAGAUUGAAGUGCAGAAGAAGGUUGCACGACCCAGAAAUUCUCUUUGCGUAGAUGAGAAAGUGAGUGAUUUGCUGGGGGAUUCUCCAUCUAGAAGUCAGACCAAACCUGGAAGACAUUCUGUGGAGAUUGUGAGGGGGGAUGAACUUCGAAGAGGAAGGGAUACGAGAGCAUCUUCUUCUACAAAUUUUGAAAGUAGAAAUCGGCACAAGGAUGCAAGUCGGGAAAAUGAGUAUAAGAAAGGAUUGAGGCCUAUUCUCUGGCUUUCCCCAAACUUUCCACUGCAAACUGAGGAACUCUUGCCGUUGCUUGAUAUUCUAGCAAACAAGGUCAAGGCAAUCCGUCGUUUGAGGGAGCUGCUUACAACAAAACUUCCAAUGGGAACCUUCCCUGUCAAGGUUGCUAUCCCAGUGGUUCCUACUAUCAGAGUAAUCGUUACUUUUACCAAGUUUGAAGAACUAGCACCAUUGGAUGAAUUCACGACACCCCCGUCAAGCCCUUCUGCUGCGGGCAAAGAGAGCCCUGCUGUGACACAGUCCACUAGUUCAUCAUGGUUUCAGUGGAUAAAAGCCCCGUAUCGUUCGAGCUCAUCGAAUGCUGCCUCUAGCAGUAAGAUAGAAAAUAGUCAAGACCCAUUUUUAAUUCCCCCGGAAUACAAUUGGAUUACAGCUGAAGCAAAGAAAAAGAAGAUGCAGGAAAAGAGCAAAUCAAAGAAGGGCAAAAGUCACAACCAAUGAGGUAAAAAGUCCAGAGAAGAUUUUUAGCUCAGUAAAUGUACUCUGCUGAUACCAAUAGGGAAAAUAGUGUUUUCAUUGAUCCGUGAAUUUGUGAUACUGUAAGGAGUUAAAAAAAAAAAAAAAAAAUUAAAAAAAAAAAAGUGCCUUGGGAUAUAGAACUGAAUGAUCCUUCUGUCAUGGGGAAAAGUUAGUAAAAAUCAUUGUGGGGGGUGGGGGUUAGAAAAGUAAAAAAAAGCAAAAGUAUAUGGUGAUUCUUACAACAAUGGCUUUGCAUUCGGUGGAUGUUUACACAACUUUUAUUGCUUGAUUCGUCACACUUUUUUUUUAUCUUAUAUGACUGACUGCUUCUGCUGUACCGCUGGUCAGUUGUUUCAAUUCUA